AUGGCUUUGCUUUUUCUCCUGUUUGCAUUCGCCUCCAUUUCCAUCGCCACCAUAACGCCAUAUACACCUAAUAGGAAUGAUGUCUUUCAAGCCCACGAGCCUUGCCCAAUCUCCUGGGGUCCGGAUAAUCCAGACGGUUGGAGAGCAAUGCGAAUAGAUCUCGUCAGCGGUAACUACCCUGUGGUCCACCACGUCGUCACUGUCGUCCACAGUAUCGACAGUCUUUCAGGCUCCCUUACGUGGACGUGCCCUGAAAUCAAAUUUGACGGCGCAUUCUACAGCUACAUGUUUACUCCUCUUGACAUCUCGGACAACUCUGUGUACUCGGCCCAAUUCUCGAUUCACCACGAAAAUCUCUCAACCAUGUUUGAUCAUUCGCAUGUAAUCAAUGUGGCCACAGAUACAAUUGACUCGGGUGAAGAGAUGCUCGAGGAUGUCGACCCAGCAUUAGGUGGUUCUGACGGGGACAAUUCCCAAUCCAAUGGCCAACCCAACUUUGUCGCUCAAGUUAUUGGACAGUCGUACCAGCGUAAUAAUGGCACCACAACCCAGCUCGAAUCUCGCGUACCAUCUGACUACUCGUCUGUCAUGGUCAACUACACGGGCAGUAGCACGUCGUUAUCAGGCUCUCGUACAUCGACACGGACGUCGGCUUCAACCAUGCCGAUGGGGUGGACUUCCAGAUUUACAGGAACCACCUCGCCUCGCGCUUGA